AUGAAAGUACUCUCUUCAGCUGCAGCUGUUGACCUCGUGAUGCGUGGAUGUUUCUGGCAUGCUUUACAGAUCCUACGUUUCAUGUCGUUCCAUGCCAUGUCGCAUUUUCGCUUGGCGCAGAAGUUCACGCUGGGCACAUGGGUGACCGUGGCCGAAGAUCGGCGACGCGCGAUCGGGAAGAAUGUGUCCGGGACACCUGCUCUAAUCAGUGCGGUCUCCUCUCAAGACGGUGCGACGAUUCUGUAUCCAGACCUGCUGGCUUUUGGAAGCCGUGGCUACUUCCGAGAGGAGAAUGUGCCGCUGAGCAAGCUUCGGCACCACGAAGGGCCAGUAAAGGUGGUCGAGAAGAAGCUCAUCCAGGCGCUUCGAGAAGAGCGAAGGGACAUGCGGGAGAAGAAGAACGCCAUCGGUGAAGAUGCUGAAAGGCAGCUACAGCUGCAGCUGCCAGGGAUGAAGCGCAAGCGCUCUCCGGAACCGGAGGCACGAUGCGAGGCUCCAGAGCGGGAGUGCAACCUAUCUCCUGCAACACCGAUGCAGGAUCAGCCCGAGGAGCACAUCACGACUCCCGAGAAGAAGGCACACACGACGCCGCGGAUCACACCGGAGAAGACCCCCAGGCCGACGGAGGCGCGGUUCAUUUAG